AUGGCGUCUCUACUUAGGUGGUGCUCUCCACUGCGCCUGCCGUUGUCGAGGUCUCUCCACACAGCUGCCGUGCCAGACAAUACAACCACUGCUCUUCAACUCAUCCGUUCUCAGCCCUCGCAGUAUGUCGUCGCCUCCUUCGCUGGAAGGAAAUACAUCCUCACCCCACGCGACAUGCUCACCGUCCCCCAUCUGCGCGAUGUAAAAGUCGGCGACGUCCUCGUUCUCGAUGAGAUUCAUGAACUCGGCUCGCGCGAAUAUACCCUCCGUGGGAAUCCUGUCAUCCCAGCAAACAAAGUCAAGGUCGAGGCUACCGUCGUCGAGCAUACAAAAGGCCAGAUGGAAUUCAUCUUCAAGAAAAAGAGGAGAAAGGGCUAUCGAAAAACUAUACAACAUAAACAGGCCUACACGCGCCUCAGAAUAGGCAGCAUUGAGAUUCCCUCUGUGCAAGCUUCACCGUCAUCAUCAUAG